AUUUGUUCAACCCCUACAUAUAUCUAUAUUGUGACUUAUUUUUAAGUCAUUUUCGUUUUACUUAAAUAUCAAAUGAAAUAAAACUUCUUUUUUUAUGAAAAAAUUUUAAUAUAGUAGUUAUGAAUUUUGGAGAUGAUACACGAUCCCAUCUUAACGAUGAUGACUUAUCUGACGAUGACAGUGAACUAGAUAAACUACAUAAAAAGCCAUUUGAAGAUGUAAAAUUCGAUUUUGAAUCUAAUAGAGGAUUAAAUAAGGACCUCCAUCUUCUACCGAAUUUACAACGUAAAGAAGAUAAAGAGACUCCCGUGUGUAAACCUGAUGGAACGCUUAUUGGUCAGGACAAUCCAUUCUUUCAAGAAGAAAGAUAUGCCAAAAAGAAUUUGCCUCCAAAUGUAAAGUAUGACGUUAUUGGACCAUUAGGAAGCGAACCGAAUCCAGAUAUUGAUACAUAUCCACUACACACUUCAAAAAAGAACUCAUCAGAUUUUCCAAAUUUUGAUUUCAAUAAGCCCAAUUUUGGUCCAGGGAAUCCUGGAAGCUUUGGCCGCUUUUUCUGAUUUUUUAUACAAUAAUUUUAACUUCACAUUUUAAUACAACACAUUCACUUAUUAUUUUAAAUUCAA